UUUCUUAAUUUUGUUUAUUAAUUCAGAAUAUAUCAUAUUGGUUAUCAAUUUAUAGUGCUUCAUGGAGGAGGUUAAGGAACACCCAUACGUCUUGGAAUGUGAAGCCGCUAAGCCACUGAUCGUUGACACCUUUAAAUUUAUGUACGACCUGGACUUUUUGAAUCCUCAGGCAGACGAGCUUACCACUCCACCACUGGCAAUGCCAAGGCUACCGCACGAAGUCAUCUUUGCGAUAGGCGGCUGGAGCGGUGGCACCUCUAAAGGUUGCAUCGAGACUUAUGACACGAGGGCAGACAGAUGGGUAACCAUUAACGCAGAGGAUCCUGCUGGUCCCCGAGCGUAUCAUGGAACCGCAGUGCUUGGUUUCAAAAUAUUCUCGAUUGGCGGAUAUGAUGGCGUAGAGUAUUUCAACACAUGCCGAGUUUUUGACGCGGUUAAAAAAAAAUGGAACGAAAUCGCACCGAUGCAUUGCAGGCGCUGCUACGUAAGUGUAACAGAGCUAAAUGGUAUGAUAUAUGCAAUCGGCGGCUACGACGGGCAUAACCGACUGAACACUGUGGAGCGGUAUAAUCCAAGGACCAACCAGUGGUCCGUUAUCCCGGCAAUGAACAUGCAACGCUCUGAUGCCAUCGCCUGUACUUUGCAAGAACGCAGGCCAGGAAUGCCUAGACAGCGCCGAGUAUUAUGACCCUGUAACCAACAUUUGGACUAGAAUACCUAACAUGAAUCAUCGUCGGUCUGGAGUGAGCUGCGUGGCCUUUAGAAACCAGCUUUACGUUAUCGGCGGCUUUAACGGAACAGCGCGUCUAUCUACCGGAGAACGCUUUGAUCCGGACACGCAAACUUGGCACUUCAUUCGUGAAAUGAACCACUCUCGUAGUAACUUCGGGCUUGAGAUUAU